CCUACUUGAAACGUCACAAUGUUUACCCGGAAAUGAGAGCUAGCCCCAACAACUGCUCAGAUUUUAUAAUUUACCUAUUUCUGACGGUUUUUAGUCUAGUGAAAAGAUAAAUUAUCGUAUAAUCUGACUGCUGACACGGAAUGUACAGCGGACUCCUGCCCGAAGGUUUAACGGAAGACGACCUCAGUCCAGAUGACGAGGAGGAUGAGCAGGAGAAGUGUGAGACCUCCGCUGAAAAGUUGAGCUCUGCCGGGGAAAACACGGGCUCACUUGUGGAGGCACAGUCGGUUCACGCUGCCAGCGAUGCAGACAUUGAGUCCCCGUCAUACAGUAUGCCUGGUAUAUCCCAGGAAAUGUGGCAAAAAUUCCAGGAUCUACGGAAGAAAAGUGACGAAAUUAAGACAAUGAAGGUCCCCAGAAGAAGAAAAAGAAGACGACACAAGAAAGUUGGAAGUGGAACAGAAAGUCAGGAACCUACAGAGAAAAGCAGAGAGCGUCAGGAGGAGCGGGAGAAGCACUGGGAUGAGCUUAAGCAGUAUUUUGGUGUAAAUGAUCGAUUUCACCCCCCUGCAUGUUCCAAACCCCCUCCGAAGUCCGGCCUAGAAAAGAGCAUAGAGAGGGCCAUAGCUGAAGGGGACAUUGCAAAGGCGGAGGAAUUGAGCGACAGACUCGCCACUCGAGAGCUGGCUGUGAAUAUUGCUCAAGCCGCUGAUUGCCGUGACUUUGUGCAACGCAAACAGGAAGAGGAAGCUUUGAGGGCAGCUCAGAAAAGGACGAAGGAAAUAGCCUGGGGGUUUGAGGCGAAAAAACGAUGGGAAACCAAAAGCAAUAUGGGCUUCAUGUGACAAACGCAGAGGAAAAGGAGAAAGACUCUGAUUUUAUUUAAAGUUAAUUUGAUAAAAGUAGUGUUUUUUAUGGCAGACUGAUCCUGUUUCUUUUCAUUCACUUUGUAUAUUUUGAAGACUUCACAACAGCAGAGUUUAAGGGGGGGAAGUCACACAGUUGGCUGUGAAAAAAACCAAUCCAGAGAGUACAAGAGAGAGAAAAAAUUAUGGAGCAUUGACGUUAAUUCCUAAGGCGCCCACUGGUGUCUGCAUUGUGUUAUUUUUCAUUACAUUUCAGAGAUUUGAGCGUUCUGGCCUCCCCCCCCUCUUUCAAAUUAAAUCUGGUGUACAUUACUGGAUGAUGCGUUUAUUUAUUGCAGUAAAGUGGGUUAAUCAUGAAGGCGCUCCUUUAUUCUUCCUAAGAAGAGAAAGGAAAGAUUAGGGCCCUAAUGCAAUGUACAGGAUAAUGUGCGAUAGGAUUUGGGAGUAUAAAAUGAAAUUUGGCUGCUGUAAACAGUGAGCAGUUGUAAACUGGAAGUUGAGUGAAUGUUUUGGGGAGGGAAGGGGGGACUUGAAACAGAGGCUUUGCUGUUGGCCCUCACCCAUGCUGGGAGACAUGCUAUUGUAUGUCAGCCCGAACAAGAGGCACGCGCUGUUUCUCGAAGCCUACACUCGCUGCUCAUUGUGUGAUGAGCUCUCCUCAGCAUCUGUAAACUCGUCUAAAACCACCGAUUUCCGCACGCUGUUACUUUGAUCUUUUUUGAUCUGCAGUGUUUGCCUCCGCAGCUACUCACACGUCUGAAAUGCUCAUUCAGAUUCCACGAAGUGUUAAUUGCAAACAGCAUGCAGAAAAGCACAAGAAUGGUAAUUACUUUUAUUCAUAAUGCUCGCUUAUAUAUUUUUAUUCCACCAUAGAAUCAUACAUGAAUGCUUUCGCUUCAAGGUAAUGAGAAUUAAAAUGAAUCCACCUAAGUUGUUUGCAUUGCACAUAUUUGGGCACUUUGUCCCCUGGUGAGGAGCAGUAUUCUCCCAGCAUUGCUGUGUAGGCUGAAUCAGCACGAGGAAAAAUUAACUAAACAUCAGAAAUAAAAGUUUGCAGCCAAUUAUCAUACAAAACACGUGAGCUGAAGGAACCUAGAUAUGAGUACAAAAACACGUGCUGAAUUUUUCAAAAUCAAGCUCAGUUUGUAUCAUUUUACAUUCAAGUGACUCACAUGUCUGUGUGGCUGAGAAGCUGUUAGUUGGUGAGAAUUGGUGCUAAUUAAACUAUUAAUUAUCUCUGUAAUGAGACGCGAGUUUAAACUGUGUUAAGCGCAUCAAAGUACAACAUGGGAUUUCUUCACUUUGAUGAAAAUAUAUCUUGACUGAGGACUGAGGAAACAUCAGAGAUGCUUUAUUAACAGGACAAAAAUUACGGAUUUUAGGGCCUUUGAAAGUUUUGGAUAACUCCAGCAAGAACAACGUACAGGUUUAAUAGCUCGUUUUAUUUACAGAGAAUUUCUGGAUGCAUGUGUGUGUUGCAUAUUUUAUAAACAUUGCAGAACUCAGAAAUAAGAACUCUGUAAGAAGGUUGUCCUCAAUAUUACAUUUAUCAUCUCAAUUGAAGAACAUACAAGAAAAUUUAAAAACAAAAGGCAAAAAGCCAUCUGUAAAUAUGUUUUCCAAGUAUUGUAAAAGCCAUGUAAGCAUUUUUUUUAAAGCUAGUACAGUAGUUGUCAGUGAAAAUGGCCAGCGCUGAUCUAGGAACAGCGCAGCGCCAUAUCAAUAGCAUCUCACUUUAUUAAUCUCUUGGAACACAGGAUAAUGCCUUGAGCAGAGAUGAUUCUCCUUUUAAGCUGGAAAAUCCACUUCCCCCCCUCUCGUCAUUUUGAGGAGCUGUUUUCAAUAGUCUGUUACUGGAGGCCAAUCUUAGCCCCUGACCUAGGCUGAUUUGUUGUGAAACACGGAGACAAAUUCCUUGGGCACAUGUCGAACCACUUCUAGGAAAAGUGUUUUGCUGGGGUGAAGAAAAAACAACAACAAUCCCAUUAAAUGGUUGGAAACCUGCUGUUGUAUGAAAGGGAACAUGUGUUGCUGGUAACAAGACAUCAGCACUAUCACUUGCUGCUAUCGCCGGCUCGAAGAGGAUUAACUCAGAGGAGCGAUCUCCGAGAUGCAGCUGAUAAAGGCGAGCAAUGUUCCAAACACCUGACACCUAACGCAAAGUGUACAUCAGACAUGGUAAUGGUGCUUUGUUUGUGUAUUGUUCAACCUCUUUGAUAAAAGGUUUAUUGCA